AUGCUAUGGAGAAGAGAGAGCUUCGAGCACUGUCUAUGGAGAGAGCUUCGAGAUGCUAUGGAGAAGAGAGAGCUUCGAGCUCUGUCUAUGGAGAGAGCUUCGAGCUCUGUCUAUGGAGAGAGCUUCGAGAUGCUAUGGAGAAGAGAGAGCUUUGAGAUCUGUCUAUGGAGAAGAGAGAGUUUUGAGAUGAGAUGCCAUGGAGAAGAGAGAGCUUCGAGAGAUGAGAUGCUUGCGUCUAUUCCUCUUUCUGAGAUGGGGCUGCGUCAAUAG